AUGUCGUACCAUUCUAGACAGCCGUCCGUGGCUUCUUCAUUACUUUCAUCUUCCACAAAUCAUACCCACCCUCAGAGGAUAGGGCCCUGGAAGUUGGGUAAGACCUUGGGCCGUGGGGCCACAGGACGUGUCUUACUCGCUACACAUCACAUCACAGGUCAAAAGGCGGCGGUUAAGGUUGUAUCCAAGCUGGAGUUGGCUGAUGAAGGUGCCCCUCCAAGAAAGACUAACGACAACGAACCUCAGGGCUUACCCUACGGCAUAGAGAGAGAAAUCAUUAUAAUGAAACUUUUAACUCACCCAAAUGUCUUGAGGUUGUACGACGUCUGGGAAACAUCCAAGGCAUUGUAUUUGGUGCUUGAGUACGUCGAAGGUGGAGAGUUGUUUGACUUGUUGGUGGAAAGAGGUCCCUUGCAGGAAAUUGAAGCCAUCAAGUAUUUCAGACAGAUUAUAUUAGGUACCGCAUACUGUCAUGCAUUGGGUAUAUGUCACAGAGACUUAAAGCCCGAGAAUUUAUUGCUCGACUCUUCAUUAAAUGUUAAGUUGGCAGAUUUCGGUAUGGCCGCGUUGGAAAGCAAUGGGAAAUUGCUUGAGACUUCCUGUGGUUCCCCACAUUACGCUGCUCCUGAAAUUGUCAGUGGGUUGAAAUAUCACGGUGCUGCAUCAGAUGUAUGGUCUUGUGGUGUGAUAUUGUUUGCAUUGUUGACUGGUAGGUUACCAUUUGAUGAUGAACACAUUAGGAACUUGUUAUUGAAAGUCCAAGCAGGAACUUUUGAAAUGGCAGAAGAAUUAUCACCUGAAGCUAAGAAUUUAAUUAGCAAGAUGUUGACAGUUGACCCUAUGAAGAGGAUUCCUACUGAGAAGAUCUUGAGUCAUCCAUUAUUAACCAAAUACCCUAUUCCAAACGAAGAUUUAAUCAGUGUUAAGUCCUUACCACAUCCAGAGACUGCUUACAAGUCACUUGGUUCUAUCAAGAAUAUUGACAAGCAAAUUUUACAAAACUUGUCUAUAUUGUGGCACGACAGAUCUCAAGAUGACAUAAUAAACUGUCUUCUUAAAAAUGGUGCCAACCCUGAAAAGACAUUUUAUGCAUUAUUGAUGAGAUACAGACACAACCAGGAAGAUAUGGCAUUCAAUGAUCAAAAUAGUCAACAAAACUCUCCAAUUAAGAAGAGCGGCAGCAGAAGAAAUCUUAGCAGAAGUGGCUCCCUUGGAAAUGGAAGGAACAGACCAAUCAGUGUUUCCAAUUCAAGAAACAGAAUACUGUAUCAAUAUAAGAAUGAAAUCAGAACUAGUACUGUGGUAAACAACGGUCCAAUUGGUUCUGGGGCUGGGAGAUUGUCCGCAUCUUCCAGUUUCCAAAACUCCCCUUUCAAGAACAAUAUCAACACCUCACCAAAUCGUAGAGGCUCACCCCAAAGAUUCUCAUACAGCCAAUCACCAGCCAGGUCGCCCAAUAGAAGAUCUCCUAACAGAAGGUCUCCAAAGAAAAUCAACAGCAGCAAUAAUAAUCGAUUCGAAGAUAGCAAUGUCAACGCACCUGCUAUACCAAGAAACAUAUAUAACGAAAUUGUUAAUGCUCAAAAUAAUGGCUCCUUCGGCUCUAUGCCUCCUUCGUUACCAUCUAAAGAUGAGGUUCAAAAGUUUAACAUGGAAAAUAAUAUUAAUGUAAAUGAAAAUGGCGAGCCAAAUCCAAUAGUUGAUGAAGUAAGUCUGCAAUUGGGUGAAUCUGCAAACCUCUCCCCAAGUAAGAAUGGAAACAAAAGAAACUCAAUUAUGACAAAGAGUGCUUCGAAGAACAGAUUAAGUAAGAGGAAAUCAAUGAGAGCUUCGAUGACUACUGGAUUGAAGAGGAAUUCCAUAACCAUGAAAUUGCUCUCCACUUACGCUAAGUUAGCUGGUGAAACCGAUUGGGAAUACAUGGACAAGCAGACAAAGAGGACAUCCGCAACAUUUGCUACAUUGUGUGACAAGAUUUUCAACCAGGAAACAUAUACUGCCGAAGAUGAACAAUUGAUUGAUGAAGAAGAAAAGCAAGCCAGAGAAUAUGAAAGAAUUAUGGAAUUGGAGAGAAAGAAGCACGAAGCAGAAAUUAAAGCAAGAAAGGAAUUGGCUAAACAAAGGAAAAGGCAAAAGAGAAAAUCUUUACUCUCUUCUAGAAAGCUUUCCAUCUUUAUUAAAGAUGAAAAUAAUACUGAACAGGAUAUUACCGUUGAACCUGAGGCUAUCACUCAACCUAAAAGAGGUUCUAAACUUCAUGGAUUGAGAGCUAUUUCAGAAGGUGGAGCAAUUGUGGAAGAAGAUAAUGAGAACUUGAAUGCAGCAGAUAUUGAAAUGUUGAAGAGGAGAUCAGCAACGCAACCGGUUCCAAGAAGAAGAGUCACUCCUGUUUUAACUAGAAGACCAGUUUCGCGCCUUGAUCCAUUGUGGACAGCAUAUGAAAACGAAGAACUUAACAGAGCUAAAGAUGCGCUUGAAGCUGAAUAUAGGGAUGCAAAAGAGAGUGCAAAGCAGAAACAAGCAAAGAAGAAUAAGGAAGCUAAGCAAAAGCAACAGCAAAAUAACAACAGGCAAUCUAUGGUGUCCGUUGAUUUUGACAACAGAAGAUACGCCAAGGAUGAGUAUUAUACUCAUGAAGUUGACUACGAACUACCAGAGCCUGAUGUAGAUCAAGGCAACUUGAGUGCAGAAUAUAUGAGUGAAAUCAGAAAGUCAAAGCUACUCAAUUCUCAACUAAACAUUCAUGGAAUUCUUGAAAAUGGAGAUAAGGGCAAACAAAAGUCCAAAGCUCAAGAACAACAAACUUUAAUUGGAAAUGUUAAAAUACCAAAUGUUACUAGAAAAUCUAGAAAUUUCACAAAUUCUAACAAGAGGCUCUCAGUUUUAACGAUGUACUCCACGAAAGAAUCCUAUCAGGAUUUAAGUUCGAUUUUGAAGGAUGAAGGGAAAAAUCUGAAACUUGGAUUAAGAACUAGUUUUGCUGAUCGUUUAGAUAAAGCUGGAUUACCCGAAGAAGAGAAUGAAGGUGAUGAGAUUGCUGAUGAUGAUGUUAUGGACUUUGAUGAUUUGGCUACUAGACGUGCUUCAUACUAUGCUAACAGUAGAAGAUACUCUAAGUAUAACGGAAAUUCGAAAAGUGCUAAUGGUCAAAACAAAAACAGACCGAUUUCUGAAUUACCAAGAUUGCCUAAUAAUAAAUCUUCGAGAGACAAAGAUGCAGAAUAUGAUAAUCUUGAUGUUGUCGAGGAUUAUGCUGAUAAUGCCGAUGAUACCUUUGCCGAUGAUCCUCAUGGUGGUGUUUACGAUGAUGAGGAACUUGACUCUGAAUUAUUUGAUAACAUUAAACUUCCAGAGCAUAGUAGCUCAGUCAAGAAAAGUGAAAAGGCUAAGAACAAUGAAGCUUCUAGGAAUUCCAAACUCAAGCAGCAACAUGUUUCUCUGAUGUUACCAGAUUCAGGAAAAGACAAUGGCAAGAAUGGUCCAGGAAGAAGAGCUCCUCCUGCAGGUCAACAAGCUCAAUCGGAACCAUAUCCAAAGGUUCGUAAGCCUAAGAAUGGAACUGAGACAAUUCCUCCUACUCCAUUCAAUAAGAAGCCAUUAGAAGAUUCUACCAAUAAACCAUCAACUGGAAGUGGCACUUCUCAAGAUCAAAACAAGAAGAAGGGUAACUCCAUUUUCAGAAAGUUAUCCUGGGGUACCAAAAAGUCUUACGAUGAGAAUACACAAUUACCAUCUCCUGCUGACUCCAGAGCUCCUUCUGCUGAAGUUGGUACUAGAAAACCUAGUAAUUCAUUUUUUAGAUGGCUUUCUGGUAAUAAUGAUUCAGAGAAUGUGGAAGCUGAAAUCAGGAAGUUUAAGACUAUAUUGCCUAAACAAGAAAUGACUACUGCUUUAUUUGCAUUGUUGAAUUCUUGGACUAACUUUGGAUUAAAGGGACUUAAAAAUGAUACUGUUGGGUAUAAUAUUACAGGUGGAAUUUCCUCGUAUAAUGCAUUUAAUUUAAAGAGUUGUAAAUUCAGAAUAAAGAUCAACUCAACUGAUUUCAAUCAGAAAUCCGAGAUUGUCUGUGCUCGUGUUAAGGGUUCUAAAGUUACUACUGACACCCUUUUCAAGGAAAUUGAAAAGGUAUUAAGAAAGGAAGGGGUUAUGGAUAGUUGA